AUGGCGGACGUGCUGGACCUACAUGAGGCGGGCGGCGAGGACUUCGCCAUGGACGAGGAUGGCGACGAGAGCAUCCACAAGCUGAAGGAGAAGGCCAAGAAGCGGAAGGGCCGCGGCUNNNACGCAGAGGAGGGCUCGCGGGCCCGGGCGCGCGAGGACUACGACAGCGUGGAGCAGGACGGCGACGAGCCGGGCCCGCAGCGCUCCGUCGAAGGCUGGAUUCUCUUCGUCACGGGCGUGCACGAGGAGGCCACCGAGGAGGACAUCCACGACAAGUUCGCCGAGUACGGCGAGAUCAAGAACAUCCACCUGAACCUGGACCGGCGGACGGGCUACCUGAAGGGAUACACGCUGGUCGAGUACGAGACCUAUAAGGAGGCCCAGGCCGCCAUGGAGGGGCUGAACGGGCAGGAGCUGAUGGGGCAGCCCAUCAGCGUGGACUGGUGCUUCGUGAGAGGGCCCCCCAAGAGCAAGAGGCGGGGCGGCCGCCGACGGAGCAGGAGUCCCGACCGACGGCGUCGAUGAUGGAUCCUUCCUUGCGCCUCUGUGUUACGAGCCCAAACUUUGGGGAGACCCUGGGGCAAAGGGGGAGGGUUUCUACGUUGGGGACGGGGUACCUGAGGCCUGUAAAAAAGGUAAAGCAGUUGAUGUGACAAACGGGACACGCRCUUCCCGCGAGGGCUUUCUGUUUCCAAGCAGGAAACCGCGGGGGAAGCGGCAGCACGGGAUGAUCCUGGGGCUCGUUUCAUUUGCGUUCGCGGUGAAUGACGCCCCGGAGCUCGGCUCGCUCGUCAAACCGCCACGUUUUUAGAUGUUUCUUAGUCUUUCCGUUUCCUUAAGCCUGGAUGCGACCUGGCGUUUGGCUGCUCUUCUUUUGGAGAGCACUUCUUUUAUACAUGACAGGCACGUGUUCUUUGAAGCUCCUGAGGGGUUUAUUCUGUUGACUUUAUGUUCRCGAGUGAAUUCUGUUCAUUUGCAGCCUUUUAAAUACCCUUAUUUUGUGUAGAAUUGCCCUCUUGUUCCGUGUCCUUAAUUAAACAUUGUGAGAAAUUGGA